AGCAACGGUUCUAUUGGAUACUGCCUGUUUCUGUAGCAGAAGAGCAACUUUGAAGCUCAGAUGUGCAAACAGCUUUGAAGGCAGAUGCAUACUGCAAAAGUCUAAAACUACGAACCAGUUGCAGGAAAUCACAAUGCCAUCUAUCCAGCUGCCAGUGCUACUCCUUUGCCUGACCUUGUCUGGUGUUUGCCUCAAUGGCAGGCAGUCCCCUCCAGAAGUAAGUGAAAACAUAGGAAGAAGUUCCCUAGAUGACACCCUGCAGAGAUCUGAAAGCCGCAUGCUUCAAUCUGUCCUCAAGAAAGUUGAAAAGAAAGAAGAGAUGAAUAAAGAAUUAAACAUGCCUCUGCCACAAUGGAUUUCCAAAAGACAACAUCCUGGAAAAAGAUACGUAAGUGACCUGGAGAAGAGACAGCACUGUGGAAAAAGAGAUGCUGAGGAAGAAGCAUCUUUUGGAAACAUUCAGAAGAGACAGCGUUUAGGGAAAACAGAAGUAGAAGGCUACCUUGGCAACUACCUGGAGCUGAAAAAGCGACAGCAUCCUGGCAGGUCACUGCAGGACCAGUCCACUGAUCUCUCUAGUUCACAGCUAACUUACUUAAAUGUGUUAUCCAAAAGACAGCAUCCAGGCAGAAGAUAUCUGAUGUAUGAACACCAGCACCCUAGCAAGAGAGGCUGGAAUAAUGAGCUAGACCUAAGUGAUCAAAACUGGGAGAAACACCAGCACUUUGGAAAAAGGGGUAGGGAUUCUGACAGCCCAGAUGAUACAGGUCCCUGUGACCCUCAGCAGUUUGCUCCCUGUAACAAAGGCAGCUUGUUGCUUGACUUACCAGAAAAAUUUAGCAAAGAGAGGGUAGAAGAAAAACGUCAGCACCCAGGAAGGAGAUCAGCAUGGGAGAAUGAAACAGAGGAAUGAGGUAGUAAUCGUUAAUCACUUGAAUAUGGUGAAGUAAAACAACAGAACACUAAAAAAUUCUGUUUACUCCCUUCUGGCUUCCUGCUGCUGACCUCCAAACCUAUCUUUCAGUGAGUGUCCUCAUUUAAACUAAUGGCUUUGUCACACACCUAAAGUAAAGGAAUCAGGGAGCACCCAGCUGAAUGGCCUAGGCAAGUAGUGAGUUUUUAUUUCACAGAGUGAAGGAGUUGAAGAGUAGUCAGUUCCUUUAUGGGCCUAGAGCCCAGAAUAUUCAUGUUAUGUGUGAACUAGCACGGGCUCUUUAAUAUCUAUUCUGAUCUUACUUCAGCAACUACAUCAUUUCUUCUUGUGUCAGUGAAAUCAGUACAUUAUUGGGAAAAAUAAGAACAUACGCAAAUGAUUUAAAAAUGAAACUGAGCAGGUUUUCAAUUCUAAACAAUACGUUAAUGAGACCUUUUGCACAACAAUCUAUCCAAAUAAUAAGAAGUGAAUAGACAGGGAGACUGCUCCAACUGCAACAGAUCAGAUGACUGGCUUCAUACUUUGAGUUGGAACUGAAAAAUGAAAAUCUCAUAUAAAAGUUGCAAAGCGCAAACAUUUAAUGCAUCCCAGAGCAAUUCAACCUCCCAUUUGUGACCUUGUUUGUUUACAUCUCACCUUAGAGCCUCCAUUCUGAGGUGUUAACAUUUCAGUCAUUUUCCUUGAAAUAUGCCUUCUCCUUAGACAUGUAAAACAGAAACAAAAAGAAAAUCCUUUCUUGUGAUAGGAUUUCUGAUUUCUCCCCUCUCAAAGGAAUGUUUUCGCUUCUGUGAUGAGACUCACAAAAGUGUUUAUUUGAUAUGAAUGAUUCAGUAAACAUAAAAAGUAAACUCUGUGCCCUUACUGGUUGUGCAAACAUACUGUAAUAGAGAGAAAAAAAAACAAACAAUCCAAGCUAAGUCAAAAUAAAUAAAGGAGAUACUUUUCUAGGUGGAAGCUUCUUGCAUGCUGGUCAGCCCUUGUUGAUUUGUAAAACUGGUUUGCUAGUGCAGCAUCAAACAGAUGCAUUCCCUUUUAAAAUCCACUAUCUGUAUGACACACAGGCACCUGGGUUAAACCCAGAGGCACUUUGUCACCCAGUUCACAAGGAACUUCAGUUGUUUGAAUCUGAUCUUGGCAGGCAAAAUUGGUAAGAAGCAGACUUGUUUUAAACAAAAUUAGAAAGCUUGAGUGACUGAUGCUGCUCAAACCUUUCUGAGUUCCAUAUCCUUUUGCAACUUAGUUAUACAGCAAGUCAUGGGAGCAUGCAAGUCACAGAAGAGAAAAAUGAGAAUUCAUUCGCCUUGUGCCAUAUGCCUGGUAGAUGACUUUGCUGUAGCUGAGCUUUCCUAGAUGUAAUUCAUUACUAUGCAUACACAUAUCUCUUAGAAUUGUAUAAACAAUCAUUUAUUUGAAAUUAAAAUACCUCUAUAUGUGUUCGCAUGGUCUGCAAA